UUCACCAGUCAUCAGACGGCGGUCGCGAAAAAUACAAUUGUAGUAGAGAUUUGAGAUCCUUCGGAAAUUGGGGUUGAUGGGGUUUAGGGAGGGUUUACUCGGAGGAGCCACAGAGACGAUGGCAGCAGAUUCCAAGCCUCCAAACAAUUCCAGAUGUCAUCACUGUGCCGGUCCUCUGUCCAAGGACAUUGAGACUAGCGCUUGGACCGUUCCUCCUUUCAUCAGGGACAGUUUUUCUAUGAUUGGUACUGCUGUUGGUGGAAUAGCAAGUGCUUUCUACGGAUUCAAUUAUGUGAUGCCAAUUGUCCAGAAGCGGGUGAAAGGACCUAUGUGGUUGCAUUUUCUUGUUGGUGCACCACCUGUGAUUGUAUUCUCUUCAACUUGCGCAGGCUUGGCAGGUGGUGCAGUUCCAGCUGUAGCCCAACUCGCCUCUUCUUCUUAUCAUGCAGUGGUCACGUCUCGUCGAUUGCCUCCUCCAUCCUCACAGGAUGACAAGAUGCACAAGACCGGAACUGCUCUGUAAUACAUAAUAGUUUUCUGUUGUGUUUUUAAGGAGAGAGAGAGAGGGGGGUGCUCUAUGAGUUCAUAUAUGCUCCAAUGUACAUGCUCUUACAAAUAUACAUGAGUGUAGUCAGAUUUUGCGGUGGUUUCUUACAUUGCUUUAAUAAAAAGAUGGUUCUAAGCUUAGCUA